AUGGAGAAAAAUCUGCAAGAGAGUUCAGCCACUGAAUAUUUCGGAUUGGCAGAGUUACGGCAAAAUGAUGACCGACGACAUGAGGAUCGCCUCGGCGCACUUCUCUCCCUACUUUUUACGAAGCAACAGAUGCUUCCUUACAACAGUGUUUUGCUUAGCAGAGUGAAGGAGGUGCCACAAUGCCCCUCUCCACAUAUCUAUUACAUCACAUCAUCCGAGGGUGAGAGUGUCCUGUGUUGCAGUAUCCGAGUCAGCUGGUGA